AAGCCACGUUCCAUGACAAAAGCUGCAAAGAGCCCGAAACGCAGUUCUGUCCUCCAUCGGGAGGCCAGAGGAAAAGGGGCGGGCGAGGGGCGGGGUUUCCUCGACAAGCACCGCCCACUUCGCGGGGACAUUGAAGGCGCGGGUCCUUGGCAGGAAAUGGCUCUGUGCCUAUCGCUCCGGCAGGGCCGCUCUUUCGCCUCCAGCGGCGGACAAGCCAGCUCAGCAUUUCUGCACAGUAGAAGUAAUACCUUUAGUGCAAAACGAAGUAGUGAACCCACCAAGCAACCACUUAAGAAGCCAGUAACACCAGUAGGUCGUUUUGAUACACCAGAAGAAUCCAAUGUAGAAAAGGAAUCACUAGAAAAAUUUCCCAAUGAUAUCAAUCCAACAACAAAAGAAAAAGGUGGUCCCAGAGGCCCUGAACCAACUCGUUAUGGAGACUGGGAACGAAAAGGACGCUGCAUUGAUUUUUAACUUCUUCUUUUGGGGGGGGGGGGGGAAUGACAUUUGAGUGAAAUAAAACCAAAAAGGGAGGUGGGAGGGAAACCACUUUACCUACAUAAACCAAAAUCUUCGUAUUUAGCUGUAACAAAAUGUAUUUGUAGUAUUUAAUUAGAGUCUCUGUGGAUGUUUAUGGUUAAAUCUAGUGAAAUUUCAUUUUAAUAAACUAAUGUGGAUAGGUUCUCCGCUGUUGAUUUGAGUGAUGCUACAGCAUUAUUAAGAAAUAUGUAAAACUCUGCAUGAGAAAGUCUGGCAAAACUAGAGAUUUAUAGGUUUUCAAAGUGGUAUUUUGAUGUUUUGGUGAAGUUCCAUGACUGUGAUAAGAAUGCAAUAAGAUUUUAAUACUGUUGCAAUAUUAAACAUACUUAUUGGGGGGGGAAAUGUUGCAUUUAUUUUUCUUAUUGAAUUUAUUUCACUUUCAAAGAACACUUGGAUAUAUAUAUAUAUUGGAUUUAAUAUGACAAGAACAGUUCAUUAAUCAGAGUUUGCAGAAUAUCUUCAGACUUUAUUACAUACAGGCCAAAGUAUGGCAGAGCAAGGGACUUCUAAUAUUCCUUGAUUUCUAUAUAAAGUAAUGAAGCAAGUAAUUUUUC